ACAGUACAUGUACAUGUACUUGUGUGAUUGCAGUACAUAAUCAUACACUGUCUCAUUUACCGAUGUGUCACUAGUAGUACAAUGUUAGUUUGAGAUCAAAGUUCAUUUUAUCAAGGAAAUCAUGUAAUGUGUGUUUUGAAUGCUGAGUUGUUGGAGUUGUUCAGGUAAAGAUGCAAGGCCAAAGUUGAGGUUUAGGUGGUCCCAAGCCAAGGUUAGGCCUACUCGUGAUUUCCGCUGUCCUUUUUUCUACAAAAUGGUGCUGAAACAGUGCCCGCAUUGCGACCAACAGGUACCGGUGGCCUGCAAGGCAUGUUAUUGUGGCUAUGAAUUCUUUCAACGGCGGAUGUACCACGCCAAAGUUGAGCAGUCGUCAGAUCAAAAUAAUAAAAACCGACGGACGGGUCGGGUGAAGAGAGAGAGACCAGACUAUUACAGUGCCAGCGAGUUUGAAACACACCUCAGGCGGUUGUCCAACAAGUCAGAGCGAAGUGGCAAUACUCCUCCCAAGAGUCCCAAGAAGAAACACAGAGGAAGGCCCAGGAAGAAAGGCAGUACCCUCAACAAGACUGCUAAGACAAAGGUCAAAGGGGAAGGGUCAAGUACAGAGACCAAAGACAGUAAAGAGGAAGACGUCUAUUCAAACAUGUCCGCUGAGAACGCCUUUGUGUACAUGGUGGGCCUCGCCGAGAUCAACCGCAAGCUACAGAGCCAGUGGAACGGGCCGAGCGCCGAGCCCGGCAGAGACGCCAAGAAGGAGAACUCGCAGUAUGUGUUCUGCGAAGGCAACACGUAGAUGAUCUCAGGAACUGAAUGGGUUAGUCUGCUGGCACAGACGCAGUGCAUGCUGGGAGAUCUGCUGAUACAUAGACAGUGGGAAUCUACUCCGUGCACAUGUACAGAUGUUUAGGUAUUUGACCCUGGGAAUGUACUUGGGUAUAGGUUUAGAUUCCAUCGCGCAGAGUCGAUGAAGUUUUUUUCCCCAACCUUCUGGAAUGGCAUGUACCUUAUUUUCUUUAUCACAAAACAUUGCCACAAAAGGCACGUAAGACAAAGUAAAGAUGCUCCCACAGCAGAACAAGAGCAAAAGAGUUUGAAAGGAAAUUGUAAUAAUAUAUGAUUUGUAGAAUUUUGCAGCCAAGAUGGUUGUCCUUGGAGCCUUCAGUUGACUCCUACAGGGUAACUUGACUACUUGUAAUUGUAACCUGUAAUUGUCUUUCUACAUGUAAUCACCAUUUCUAUUUUAAAAUGUGUCAGGCAUGUAACUUUUCGUUAGACCUCCUGAUUUCCUAAGUUUUAACGUCUAAUGUGUCCCUUUCAAAUAUUAAGAACUUGGCAUAAAGCAGUGGGUGGUUUGGAUUUUCCUUUUGUUUCUCUGAAUUCCCAGUUCAUACCCGUUAUGUGUUGAAACUAGACUUUGAAUGGUUGAUGGUGCAGGGUCAUGACAUUAAGUAAUCCUACUGCACUUUAUCCGUCGUAGCAGUCACUUUAUGGAAGUUGGAGUCGUCUUUGCCUGUGCAUCUGGGAUUUCCACCGACAGUCGAUGAAACCACACGAGUGGUUUCUGCAUUUCGUUAAGUGUCUACCCACUGGCGCCAUGGUAACAUGACCUGACUCUGGACCAAUGCCAGAGAAAGCUGAUCACUGAUGCGUGAGGGUAAUAAAAUGCCUAGUGGCUGGUUAAUCCAUUUUGAGAAGCGGGAGAGUGGAUACUUUUCCAAAGUACACAGGUCAAUUUUCAGAGUCAUGUUCUGGUGCUUUUUCACUGACUGCCAGUG